CCAUCUUCUUCCCUAGAAUUACGCUAACCUAUAUUUCCUAGAGGGCUCUGUUACGGCUACUCGGGAAGGGUGGGGGCUUCCUUAGUCUGUCCCUUCACCAGAGCUUGAAGGAGUGAAGGGGAGCGUAAGAAAAGGGGUCGAGAAGGGAGGAAGCAGAGGAGGAUGGCCGACCGUAGGAAGCAAGGCGACGGUGCUCGAAGCAACAUGGACACACAGUUUACGCCGAUUCGAGAGCUUAAGCCGGGCAUGAAGAACCUCAGAUUGGUGUUCAUUGUGCUGGAGAUCGGAAGGCCGAACGUCACAAAGGAGAAUCAUGAGGUGCGGUCCGUCAAGGUGGCGGACCGCUCGGGCUGCAUAAACAUAUCUCUCUGGGACGAGCCGGGACAACUUCUGCAGCCGGGAGACAUAGUCAACCUCAACAAGGGUUACGUCAGUGUGUGGAAAAACUGUCUCACCCUCUACGUGGCGAAGGGCGGCGAACUACAGAAAGUUAGCGAGUUCUGUAUGCAGUUCUCCGAGCAGCCCAACAUGUCCGAGCCCAACCCAGAGCUGGUGCCCCUGAGUAAAGGAAGCUGUGGGGGGGGCGGGGGUGACCAGGGGGGCAGCGGCGGCAACCGGGGGGGCUCUCAGGGGGGCGGGAACUCUGGUGGUGGUGGUGGCAACUCCCUUGCUGACGCCUCGCGGGACCCGAGGUUAUUGAAGCCAAACAGCAACGGAGGCAAUUUGGACCCCAGGGGAGGGAAGGGAGGGGGUGGGGGAGGCGGGGGAGGGGUGACGGCCUCCAACGGGCACCACAGCACGGGGGGCGGCCGCCACACAUCCUCAACGAAAAGCCGCAGUCACGGAGGAGGAAGCAAACAGUCGGGCAAGAGGUAAUAUUACGCAUGGUAAGUCGAGCGUGGCCCCGUGUUUUAUGUGUCCGGGUGGGAGGCCGUCGUGUGGCCGCUCACCCGCCCUCAUCCCAGCAUAAUAUUUGUACGCACUUCACUCCAUAUUUUCUCUCAUUAGUUACUUUCUCUCUGUUACCACUGACGCUGUAUACUACUACUACGACUACCCUGGAGACGACCCAAAGGAAAAUAUACAUGUGAUACUUUUA